GUAAAGAUGGCGGCGGCGGCUUGAAGCACUGGGGCCCUGGUGGAAUCUUCCAGCAAACUGCAGGCGGCGGAGGAGCGGGAUUACUUUACUUUUUAUCGCCUUUAUUUUUACCCACCCGGCGGCGGUUUCACUCCCCUUCCACCUCCCCAGGGAGGGGGGAGGUAAGGGGGAAGGAGACCGUCACCAUGUUCAUCACCGUGAAAACGCUGCAGCAGCAAACGUUCAGAAUCGAGAUCGACCCCGAGCAGACGGUGCAAGCAUUGAAAGAGUGUAUUGAAGCAGAAAAGGGCACUGGUUUCCCUGUUGCUGGUCAGAAACUCAUUUACGCUGGAAAGAUUCUAAGCAACGAUGUGCAGCUCAAGGAAUACAAGAUUGACGAGAAGAAUUUUGUCGUUGUUAUGGUAACAAAGCCGAAGAGUACACCCACAGAAACAGGAUCUGUUUCUACAGUUGCACCAUCCUCCACACAGUCGCAGCUGGAAGGAGAGGAGAAACAGAAUACAGAUGAUAGAAGCCAGGCCCAGACUAUUACCAGCUCUGUUUCAAUAUCCAGUUCAAUGCCCUCUUCAGGGAGUGACAUACUGUCUGCUCCAUUGUCAGUUAGUGACCUGCACCCUGCUCACGUUUCAAUGAUCGAUUUAAUCUCAGAACCGCGUUUGCAGAGUGACAUGCCUGAAGAUCUUCCCCAUGAUGGUGCUAGCACAACUGCAGUGAGGGACACCGCUUAUGAAACUAUGCUGUCAGAAAUUAUAUCAAUGGGUUAUGAGCGUGAGCAAGUGGUGGCAGCAUUAAGGGCAAGCUUCAACAACCCGCACAGAGCUGUGGAGUACCUGCUGACGGGUAUACCUCAAAGUCCAGUGCAGGAGAGUGCAAUGCCGCAUGAUAGUAACGACUCUGGUCCACUAACAAUCCCAGAACAACAAGCUGAGAACCCUUUGGACUUCCUCCGGGAUCUGCCCCAGUUCCAAAACAUGAGACAAGUACUUCAGCAGAAUCCAUCAAUGUUACCAGCCCUGCUUCAACAGCUGGGCAGAGAGAACCCACAACUACUGCAGAAUUUGGAACUUCCAUCUGAAAAGACAGCGGACAGCAGAACCUUUGAAUACUUUAAGCAAAUCAGUCAGCACCAAGAACACUUCAUCCAGAUGCUAAAUGAACCUUUAGAGGAUGUAACUGAGACUGAAGGGGAGAUGGGAGCAGUUGGAGAAGAUGCAUCGCAGUCAAGCUACGUUCAAGUUACACCCCAAGAAAAAGAAGCCAUAGAGCGGUUAAAAGCCUUGGGUUUUCCUGAGGGCCUCGUCAUUCAGGCUUACUUUGCCUGUGAGAAGAACGAAAAUCUGGCUGCAAACUUCUUGCUGCAGCAGAACUUUGACGACGAAUGAACAACAGGGAAGAAACUCCUGGCAUAACUUGGAUGUCUGAUUAUCUGCUCUCAAGUGCGCAAACCAAUUUUAAUAGAAAUGCUAUCUUUCAGCUGUGAAUGAAAAUAAGGAUAGAAAUAACAAUUAGAGACUGUACAUUACAGUUUAAGUGGGGCUAGAAACAUAACUAAUUUUAACCUAGAAAGGCUGCAAAUUGAAAUGGGGGCGAAUAUCUUCAAUAUUAAAGCAAAAGAAAAACUGUAAAUAUAACUUGUUUACUGGAUUUAAAGAUUUGUUUUCACCUCAAAUGAUACAAAAUUAAUCCCCCAAAAAUGGGGAGCAUGGGGGUGUGAGAUAAUCCAUAUUCAACUGAAUAUUUAAGAGGGUUCAACAUAAGUUUGAGAACCCUGGGCACAAGUGCACUAACUGCCUGCUUUAAUAGCAGAUGCUUCUCAGUCAGCGUAUGCAGCAAAAAUGGGUACAUGAGUGGACCUUGUUGCUAGUUUACCUUUCACACCUUAGUUAUCGUGUACACCUUUGUGUGUGUAUGUGUUUCGUGAACUACCUUGCAUCAGGACCAUCACGUGGCAACUGUGCACAACCAAGUCAUUGCAUUCACAUUAUAAAGUGGUUUAUUUCUUACAAAAAGGGCAUGGGCUCUGCACCUUUGGGGUGUGUUUUUUUUUCUUGUUAUCCCACUUAAAAUAGAUUAAGACUGAUGGGAUAGAACUUUGUUUUCUUUACGGUGUCAUAUUGAUUUGUCAUGGCAAAGACACCUGUCUUUAAGAGUUUCCGUGUAAUUAAAAGUUAUUUUUAAUUAA